AUGGCCAUAUGCAGGUUUCCUGUCUGGCUGCCUGGAGUGGGUGAAGAAAUGUUACAAAUUAGAGCAACAUCAGAUAACAUCAUCAGUCAAAUAAAGAGUUGAUCUGCAUGUCAGAACUGAAUUUCAAGUUAUUGUUCAGUAAUUUUUAAGGAAAAAUGCAUAGUUUCUUAGUUAAAAAAAUUAAUGUCCACAUUUUCAGUUUACAAAUUACAAUGACUUCUCCAUCUUGUUCACCUAGGAGAUCUUAGUCCCAGAUGUUUGCAUGGAAGUGCUAAUACUAUUCAGUCAACAUCUGGAUAUGAUUCUGAAGAAAGGAAACUUGAAACACUGAAAGAAAUGUUCCCAGACAACAAUGAUGAAGAAAUUUAUCAGGCUCUCAGACAAGCUCACUUUGAAGUACGAGGGGCUGUCAACAACCUUUUAUUUGGUUUAAGAGGUAUGCCUCUUUCUGUACCUGAGUGUCUGCCUAAUUGGGUUGCUUCAUUGGGUUAAUUAAUUGUUGCUGGGUAUGUGCCACUGGCCUCUCAGUACCCCCACCCCACGAUAGAUUGGGAGGCAAAGGAAAGACCCUCGGCAUCUUUAAGCCGUUUUUGGGCAAGACCAGAAUGUUGCGGCCCCCGUUUAUUAAAUCUUGAAGUGAUGCAUUGCUCAGGACAACUUUUUUUAAUACCAGUCAGAAUUUUCCUAUUGCCAAAAUCCUGAAAACCUGCAAACCCAUUGUAGUAAUCCUGACAAUGCCACACCAUUAUCAUCAAUCCAUUCAUAAUAAUGGAACCCAACAUUUUAAUGAUUUUUUAAUUUUGUUUUGUUUACACAGCAACUAACGAUGAGAGUAUGUCAAGUGAUGAAGAUCAGUGGAAUGCCCCUUUGGCAUCCUCAGCCAUAGUAAAAGCUGAGGAUGCUUUAUCCUCUAUAAACAGUUUUACUACACAAGCGGUGAAACGAUUUGGUUGUGAGAUUGAUUUAGAAGUAGACAGGGAAAAUGACCUUCUAAAGCAAAUGCUGCGGAAAUAUAAAAAUCCCGGGUUUGAUGUAACUCGGCCACUGUGUGUUGAAUUUGUUGGUGAAGCAGGAGUUCAUGCAGGUGGUGUAACGAGAGAGUUUUUUCACUUGUUAAUGGAAAGGUUGAAAAAGCAAGGGGUUUAA